CCCCCACUCUUGAAUACUUCGACUUUCUAUGACUUUCCCCGCCCACACUGUCAACGUGCGGACGUCAUCAGUAGUAUAUACAGAAUCGUAGUGCAGAAUGUCUUAUUGAAAUGGUGGAGUAGCUUUUAUGAUUUUGCACAAAUUUAAAGCUAAGAGAUGGACUUACGCGGUAUUGUACUUUUUAUUAUUACUGCCACCUUUGCCGUGUCACUCAAUGGUCUUGUAUUAAAUCCGACGAAUGGACCGGACGAAGAUUUUGUCAAUCUACGUUACACUCACUAUGAUGAACUGCUGACUUUGUUCAAUAACUUGGCAAGAUUGUAUCCGCAUUUAGCUCGUGUAUUUUCAAUAGGAAAAUCGGUUGAAGAGAGAGAAUUAUUAGUCCUGGAAAUUUCAGAAAAUGUACAGGAAAGAGCACUUGGCAAACCUAUGGUGAAGUAUGUUGCUAACAUGCAUGGUGAUGAAUCUGUAGGCAGAGAAUUGCUAGUAUACCUUUCUCAGUAUCUUUUGCAUAACUAUGGCAAAGAUGAAAGAAUUACACGAUUAGUUAAUAGAACAGAUAUUUUCCUUAUGCCUUCUUUAAAUCCUGAUGGUUUUGAAAAGUCGCAGGAAGGGAAAUGUGAUUCUAAACAAGAUUUCUCAGGUAGAGAAAAUGCAAAUCAUGUGGACUUAAAUCGUGAUUUUCCAGACCAAUUUGAUAAUAAGAUUAGAAUAGGUAGUAACAUAUUACAAGGACGACAAGAUGAGACAAUUGCUAUGAUGACAUGGAUUGCUAAUGAACCAUUUGUUUUAUCUGGUAAUUUACAUGGAGGUGCUGUAGUUGCCAGCUAUCCGUAUGAUUCUGGUAUUCCUAAAUCUUGCUGCAUUGAGAGCGUAAGUCCAGAUAAUGAGUUAUUUAAAUAUUUAGCUCAUACAUAUGCAGAUAAUCAUCCUCGAAUGGCAGCAGGCAAUGCAUGUCCACCAGAAAGAUUUCCAGGAGGUGUUACAAAUGGAGCAUAUUGGUAUGAGGUUGUUGGCGGUAUGCAAGACUAUAAUUACGCUCGUUCUAAUGCAUUUGAAAUAACAUUUGAAUUAAGUUGUUGCAAAUAUCCUCCUGCUUCAUCAAUGCCAGGCCAUUGGCAAUUAAAUAAAGAAUCUCUUAUUAAAUAUUUGGAACAAGCUCAUAUUGGAAUAAAAGGACUGGUGAGGGAUACAGAAGGCCAACCUGUUGAAGAUGCUAAUAUUGUAGUUCACGGAAUAGAUCAUAAUGUCACAACUACAAAUCGUGGAGAAUAUUGGCGUUUAUUAUUACCUGGCACUUAUUCUGUUUAUGCAACUGCUUGGGGAUAUAGACCAAGUGAACCAGUAAAUGUAACUGUAAGACAGAAUGAUCCAACAGUCGUUAACUUUAUAUUAAAACGACGAUCAUUUAGUGAACAAGCUACAGAAAACUUGGAGAAAAUAAAGGAAAUUACAAGAACAACUGACGAAUAUGGCUUUUUACAUCAUACAGAUUUUAAACAUCAUAAUUAUGUUGCAAUGGAAAAAUAUUUAAAGGAACUCAAUGAAAACUAUCCGAAUAUCACACGUCUCCAUAGUAUUGGUCGUUCAGUCGAAAAUCGACAACUUUAUGUUAUGGAAAUUACAAAGGAUCCUGGAAAACAUAGUUUGAGUAAACCUGAAGUGAAGUAUAUUGGAAAUAUGCAUGGAAAUGAAGUAGUUGGAAGAGAACUUUUAUUAUUGUUACUAAAAUAUUUGUGUGAAAAUUAUGGAAGAGAUAAGAGAGUAACUCAAAUAGUUAAUACAAUCAGAUUACAUAUAUUACCAAGUAUGAAUCCUGAUGGAUAUGAGAUAUCAAAAGUAGGUGAUAUAUAUGGUUUAAAAGGAAGAGCUAAUGCAAAAGGUGUGGACCUCAAUAGAAACUUUCCUGAUCUCUAUGUAACCAAUGAUUAUAAUAAGGAACAGGAACCAGAGACUAAAGCAGUAAUGAAUUGGAUUGCAAGUAUUCCAUUUGUACUCUCUGCAAAUCUUCAUGGAGGUGCUUUAGUUGCCAAUUAUCCAUAUGAUAAUGGACCAGAACCUGAAUCUAAUCUUCCUAAUCCAAGUCCUGACAAUGAUGUAUUCAAAAUGUUGGCUCUGACAUAUUCAAAAGCUCAUCCACAAAUGCAUCUUGGUGAACCUUGUCCACCUGUAACAAAUAAAAUAUCCGGUAUAAAAAGUUUAUUAGAAGAGCGAUUUCCGGAUGGAAUUACUAAUGGUGCAGCAUGGUACCCUGUAUCAGGUGGCAUGCAAGAUUAUAAUUAUCUUCAUAGUAAUGACUUCGAAUUAACUUUAGAAGUAGGAUGUACAAAGUUUCCAAAUGCUAGCGAAUUACCUAAAUUUUGGUUACAAAACAGGGAAUCUCUUUUAAAAUUUAUUGAAAUGUCACGUAAAGGUGUACAUGGUUUAGUUCGUUCUCCUAUCGGUGGUGCUAUAUCUCAUGCAAAGAUAUCUGUAGAUGGAAUUAAACAUGAUAUAUAUACUGCAGAAAGUGGGGAUUACUGGCGUCUUUUAGUACCAGGCAAUUACAAUAUUACAGUAAGUGCUCCUGGAUAUGAAACUGUUACACAAAAUAUAACUGUACUCGGAAGCGAUGACCCUGAAGGUUCAGAAGUAACUCUAGAUUUUACUCUAAUGCGAGAUAAUCCUCAAGAUUGGUCAUCUGCAUAUGAUUUUGGUAUAUUUGCAAAUUUACAAAAUGGCUAUUUAAAAAAUUCUGAGUUAAGUGCUAGAUUUAGUCAAUUGGAAAAUCAUCAACCAAAUGUUGCUGAAUUUAGAGCUGGGGAUUCAUUAGUUAGUAUGGCAAUUCAUUCUUUAAAAAUUACACAAAAUAUGGGAUCACCAGAAGAAAAUAAAUUUCAUAUUGCUUUGAUUGGAGGUUUAUUUGCCUCACAACCAGUAGGAAGAGAAAUUUUACUACGUCUAGCAACCCAUAUUCUUAUGGGGAAUCAAAUUGACGAUCCACCAAUCAAGAGAAUAUUAAAUAAUGCAGUUUUACAUUUUAUACCUGGUGUAGAUCCAGGCUUUGACAAUGUUCCAAAUGAUUGUAAUCCUACAGUUAAAGAUGAAAUAGGAGAAAAAUUACUUUCACAAAAUAUUAAUAAAACUAAAGAAAUGGAUAUUAUUACAAAUGCAUUUAGAAAAAUGUUAUUAAAUGAAGCUUAUGAUGUAAUUAUUAUAUUAGGAGGUGGUUCCUUUAGUAUCAGUUAUGCAAAAGAUGAAUUAAAUGUGUAUAAAACACUGGCUGAAAAUUAUGAUCAAACCAUGCAUAAAGAAGCUUGUGGUAUUAAAACUAACAGAGAAACAAAUAUAGCUGAAUAUAUUCAAAGGGAAUAUAAUAUACCCGUUAUUAAUAUUAAUUUAUCAUGCUGCAAAUAUCCAGCUGCAAAUACUAUACCAACUAUUUGGAGAGGAACAUUGAAACCAUUAAUGCAACUUAUUCAAGAUCUUACAAGUGGUAUUCGAGCAGUUAUUACGGAUGAUCAUGAAAUUCCUGUUAGAGAAGCUGUUGUUAAGAUUGGAACAAAAACCUAUCAGUUAUCAAGAAAUAUGGCUUAUUUUAAAAUAAUACUUAUUCCUGGAGAUUAUGUAUUAACAUUUUUCUGUACGGAUUAUGCUUCAAAAACUUUGAAAGUUCAUGUUGAUGAACAAAAUAUAACAAAUAUAAAUGUUCAAAUGAGAAAAUUAAAACCAGGAGAAGCAGAAUACAAACAAAAUAAACUAGGUAAACAGUUAAGCGUUAUAAACCAUAUUUUGAAUAAUUUAAACAUAAAAUAUCCACAAUUAUCAACGUUACAUGAUAUCGGUAAAACGAGAAAAGGCAAUCAGAUUCUAUCUUUAGAAAUUAGUGCUAAAACAAAGGAAAAACAAGCAGGACGACCUUCUAUAAUUUUCUCAGCUGGACUCUCUUAUGGAAAACCAGUAACAUCUAAAGUACUUUUACAAUUUGCUUCUUAUCUUUUAGAUAAUUAUAAGAACAAUGAAAUUAUUACAAGCUAUUUAGACAAGCUAUCAAUAUUUAUUGUUCCUGAUUUAUAUCCAGAUUUAAUCAAGAACGAUUCUUGUAUCCCAUAUAUUAAUAAUGAAUUAUCAUUUCCUAUCCAUCGUGAAUUAAGCAAAGAAGCAGCUAUGAUUAUUGAUUGGUUCAAACAAAUUAAUGCUGUUUUAAUAGUAAAUUUAAAUAUUGGAUCUCGACAUGUUGAAAUACCAUAUGGAAGUCAAUACAAUAGAAUAGACAAAGAAAUUUAUGAAAGUGAAGAUGAUCAAGUACUAAAAACCUUAGCAUCUACUUAUACAAAGUAUAGCCUACAUAAUAGUGCAAAAUGUGAUACAAAAUUGAACAUCAAGAAUAAUGCUGUAAUACAUGGUGGAAAAGGAAUUGCAGGAAUAAGAGGAGAUUCCUUAUUAGAUUACAUAUAUUUGAAUACAAGUACUUUAAUAAUGGACGUUUAUAUUGCUUGUUGUAAUACAGAUGAUUCAAUGAGUGUAUGGCAAGAUAAUAAAGAUAGUUUACUAGCUAUGAUAAAAGAAGUAUUAAAGGGUGUUCAAGGAUACAUUAUUAGUGAAAAUAAUGAACCUAUUGAGAAUGCUAUUUUAUCUUAUGAUGAUUCUGUGCAUCAAAUCAGAAGUGGAACAAUAGGAACAUAUUGGAUUUUAUUAUCUCCUGGAAAUCAUAAUAUUACUGCUACUGCAUCUGGAUAUAUACAACAAACAAGAUUAGUUUCUGUACCAGACAUAAAUAAGUUCACAAAUUUAACUUUUAAGUUAAGACGUGAUGAAAGUAUUUUUGGAUUGCCAAGAUUGGUCUUCAUUAUAAUCGCUGGUACUGUAUGUUUAGCUAUUGUUGUUUGUGGCAUUUGUAUUUGUGCAAUAUGUCAAUCUACACAACAUUCAGAGAAAAACUAUAGAAAAGCUUAUGCAUUUAGUUUACUUAAAGAUGGCACAAGCUUUUUUGAAAAUGAUGAGAAGGAAAUUGAAAUAUUCAGAAGACCAUUGAAUGAUUCUAUUUUGAAAUAUGAAGAAAAAUUAAGAAUUACAAAACCAUAUUUUGAUGAGGAUAAUGCAUCCAGUUCUGAUGAUGGAAGUGACCUUGAGUUUAUCAGACCAGAGCAAGAGUGCAAUGAAAAAGUUUUACAAGAGACGUGACAAAUCGUUAUCAUCAAUACAAAUGAUGAAAAUUAUAUAUGAAAGAUAUAACAUAUAAAAUUCCAAAUUUAAAAUUAAUGUAUUAAAAUAGGUAUUGCUAUAUAACACAGAAGGUACUGUAAUAAUGUUGUUGUUGAUAUACUAAUUCUCUUUCUUUAAACAUUUGCCAUAAAUGUCUUCAAGGGAGCAAUACUUACAUUUAUAAAAAGUAAGUAGAAUUAUAGCAAGCAGGGUCCAAAUGUAGUUCUAAUCCAUACAUACAUACCCUUUUAUAUAGAUAAGGUAAGAGCUUCUUUGUUUUUGAAGAAGCAAAAUAUUUUAGAAGCACUUUCAACAUUUUAUUUCUUAGUUUUUAUACACUUCUUUUUGUAACAAUAAAAAAGCAGAUAACAAUAUAGAUAAUAUUAAAUAGAUAUUAUGCACGUUAAUGUUGGCAAUUCUAUGCGAAUUUUAUACAUAUAAUUUACAAUUUUACAUUGUAUAUAAAAAGAUAACAAAUUUAAUAGUAUACAAAUGUUAUAAAGUUAUGAGCUUUUUAGAUAAAUGUUUUGUACAAAAUUGGAAACCCUUAUAGAAAAUAGGAUUUCAUCAUGUUAAUAUAGCCACAGAAGAAAUUCUUGUUUUUUCUCACAAAAUAAAUUGAGAUUGUUAAAUAUUGAAAUUAAUAAUAAAAUAUUUUUAAAUGAGCAAACAUAUCUUUAAGAUCACUGCUGUCAAAAGUGACAAUGUUAUUUUAUGAAAUAUAAAUGCCAUUAUUAUAUAAAUCAUUAUAUAUAUAACUGUUCAACAAAUAUUAACGAUGUAUUUUUAGCAAUAAUGUUAAUACGAAAUUCUUCUCUUAUAAUUAAAAAGUAUAAUAAUUAUGAAUUUUGAAGCACAGAAUAGUUAAAUAUUUAUGAAAUAGAUAAAAUGUAUAUCUGAAAUAGUACGUAUACAAGGUGUUCGACUUUAUUUAAAUAUUAAUAUAUUUCUUGUUAAAAAAAAAGAAUUCAUCUGUUUUAAAGAAAUAAAAUAUUCUAAUUAUUAGAAUCAUUUUUAAGAUAUUUUUCAGGAUUUUUAUCUUUUUCCUCUUUUUAAAAAAGAAUCAUUUUUAUUUUUUUUUCUUGAACUAUACAUUUUGUAUAUUUUUAACAUAUAUAUCUAACAAAUUUAAUAUGCACCAAAAAUAUUACUUUUAGAUUUUUCAUGCUAUAAAAAAUAAUAGAAUAUCCUGUAUAACUUACUAAAGAUAUUCAUUUUCCAACUUCUUUAUAUGAACAUAAUGAUUAUUUAUAUGCAAUUCUUUCUCUUCUAUUGAUUAAAGAUAUUUUGAAUGUUUCGUUUUAACUUUAAAAAAAGAUAAUGUACAACCAUUUAAAAAUCAUUGUCUUCCUACUUUGGAAAAUAAUGAAGGUAUAGAUCAUUAUAAAAAUGCAUAAGAACACACAUACAUAGAUAUUCUGUGUAAUGUAAAUGCGGUUGUGACUUAUUUUAAUAUCCACGUGUAUACAAUAAUAGACUUCCAUUUAUAAUGCAUUCCAGAAUAAAGUUGAUUAAUAAUAA